AUGUUGGCCUCAGUCAAGGACCUUGCUGGGGCAGAUGUGGGACCGGAAGUGAUCAAAUCCAUCGGAGAGAUGCUGUCGCUGCCGCUCCCCGUCACUCAGAUCAAGUCCAAGGUCAAGGAGAUCAUCGAAGAGUUCUACGUCGCGGGAGAUCUCGUGGAGGCCGAGAGAUCCCUGGCUGAGCUCAACUCCAAGAGGUCGGGGCACGAGGCGGUGAAGCGGACGAUCGUGCUGGCGAUGGAGAAGAAGAACAGAGAGCGGGAGCGCGCUUCUGUACUUCUCAGCGCGAUGACGCGCGUGUACGGAAGUGAGCAGUUCUUCGAGGGUUUCACGAGGGUGAUGAGGAGUCUAGACGACCUGUCGCUGGACACGCCCAACGCCCCGGCGCUGCUCGCCAACUUCAUCGCGCGGGCGAUCGUGGACGAUGUUCUUCCUCCCAACUUCAUCUCGUUCGUGCCAGACAGGCUGGUGGCGAGCGAGCGGGGGAAGGAAGUAGCGGGGAGCGUGAAGGCGCUGCUUGAGCAGCACAGCAGCACGAGGAUAAUGAACGUGUGGGGAGCAGGGGCGAAGAACUCGGUGGAGGAGCUGAAGGAGAGCGUGAACGCGCUGGUGGAGGAGUACUUCGUAGAGGGGGAGCUGAAGGAGGCUGUGCGGUGCGUGCAGGAGCUGGACGCUCCUCACUUCGGGCAUGAGGUAGUGAAGCGUUUGGUGUAUCGAGCGGUAGAGAAGGGAGGGGAGGCGCUGAGGCAGGCUCUUACUCUCUUGAAAGCGCUGCUGGCAUGCGACGCCUUCGAUCAUCACCAGCUCACCAUCGGAAUGCAGCGCUCAGUGAUGGGCCUGCCGGACCUCUGCCUGGAUGUCCCGGAUGCGCCCGAGAGACUGAGGACGCUGGCUGAUUGGCUCGCGUUUGAGAACCUUGUGUCGCCCUCGUUCGAGCAGGCCGUGAUCCUCAAGGCUCAGGAGCGUCAGGAGGACGGGAAGAAAGGAAGCACCGACAAGGUCAAGGAGAUCAUCGAAGAGUUCUACGUCUCGGGAGAUCUCGUGGAGGCCGAGAGAUCCCUGGCUGAGCUCAACUCCAAGAGGUCGGGGCACGAGGCGGUGAAGCGGACGAUCGUGCUGGCGAUGGAGAAGAAGAACAGAGAGCGGGAGCGCGCUUCUGUACUUCUCAGCGCGAUGACGCGCGUGUACGGAAGUGAGCAGUUCUUCGAGGGUUUCAUAGCUGUCUUAAGGAGUCUAGACGACCUGUCGCUGGACACGCCCAACGCCCCGGCGCUGCUCGCCAACUUCAUCGCGCGGGCGAUCGUGGACGAUGUUCUUCCUCCCAACUUCAUCUCGUUCGUGCCAGACAGGCUGGUGGCGAGCGAGCGGGGGAAGGAAGUAGCGGGGAGCGUGAAGGCGCUGCUUGAGCAGCACAGCAGCACGAGGAUAAUGAACGUGUGGGGAGCAGGGGCGAAGAACUCGGUGGAGGAGCUGAAGGAGAGCGUGAACGCGCUGGUGGAGGAGUACUUCGUAGAGGGGGAGCUGAAGGAGGCUGUGCGGUGCGUGCAGGAGCUGGACGCUCCUCACUUCGGGCAUGAGAUCGUCAAGAAGAUCGUCUAUAAGGGUGCGGAGGGAGGCUCUUCCAAGAUGCCACGAGCCAUCGACCUGCUCAAGGCGCUGGUUCGGGACGGGGCCGUCAGCUCCUCGCAGCUGGCCAAGGGGAUGGUGAGGAGUGUGGUCGGACUGAAGGAUCUCAGCCUGGAUGUCCCUGACGCCUCUAGGUGCCUCCUCCUUCACCCCUUCCUCCUCCUCCUUUCCCCCUUCCUCCUUCUCCUUCCCCCCCCUUUCCCCCUUCCUCCUCCUCCUCCUCCUCUCACCUUCCUUUGUGGUUACUCUUACGUCUCCCUUUCCGCUUCUCCUCAUUUCUUCUCUGUCCUCAUACUCUCUUCCAACCAUCUUCCUCCUCUUCUCUUGUCCUCGUCUCUACCCUCGCUGAAGGAUGCCGCAGCAACGUGGAUGCCUUCGUUGCCGAGCUUGUCAAGGACGGGAUGCUUGCGGAGACUUUCAAGGCGCAUGUCGCUGCUAUGA